GAACUGGCUUCUGAAAUCAUUCUUACUCUUGGGCAAGCUUUUGAAGUAGCUUAUCAAAUGGCCAUAAAAGAAAAAGCUGUUAAAGCUUGGAAUGCGGAGCAUAAAAGCUCUAAUAAUCCAAAAUCUACGUCAUGACGAGCUAUGCAAUUCUCUUUUUUGUACAGUUGUUGCAUAGUAAUAUAUUAAAUUUUAGGAAUAUAUUUUAAAUAACUCUAUUACCAAUGCUUUUGAUCUCUGUAAAUAGUUUGACCUAAGUGAAGAAAUCAUAUUGUUAAAUUUUAUGUUGUUAAUCAUUUUUGUUGAAAAUAUCAUUGUGUGUUAUUCAUUAAUUACUAUUUGUUUCCAUACAUCAAUACUGGCAUCCUGCUUUUAUCCUGUUUUUGUAUUUGCAUUUAAAAAAAAUAUUAACUAAUGCAUUAUUGUCAACUUUGCUGGAAAAUCUAGUAGACUACUGGAUUUUGCCAGUUUCUUUUCGUUUAAUCACAAAAUAAUACAGAAUGAUUUUCCAAAACUGGGGAAGUAUCUUAAAGAAUCCCUAUUUUUUUUACUCCGCUUUUUGUUUACUUCACAAUUCAAACAAUCAAUAGUAUUACUAAGUGUUGAAGUAAGAGUCAAAGAUUAAGUAAUAUUAUUGGAGAAAAGUUUUUCAUAUUUAUUUAAACAUUUUAAUUUAUUUAUUUAAAUAUUUUGUCUCACUAUAAUAAAAAAACUCUUUAGGGCUGCCACUGUUGUUUUGGGUUUCAGCUUAAUAUGUUUUCUUUUGCUGUGUGUGUGUCAAAAAACUUUAAAUCACGAAGGUGUGUAGCAAAAUAUAAAAGAAAAAUGGUGUAAUAAAAAAUUAACAUUUUCGAAGUAAAUGCAAUGCAAUAAUAUCAGUCCAAAGAAAUGCGACGACAAUAUUGAAAUUAGAUGCGUUGAAAGGGUCGUUUUCAUUCAUAAACCUAAUGAGUUUUUUUUCGCCUUUUUUAAAAAAAAGCUCUAAUUUUUUCAAAAGCAUUAUUGCAAUUUUAAGUGCUUUUUUUACAAAUUUUUUUCUCGCUUUUUUUUUGCUUUAAAUUUUGACCAUUUAUAUUUUGUAAAUGUUGUAAUGAUUGUAAUAUUUCUUAGGAAUAUUUUCAUUCGUAACAAGUCUUUGUUAACAUUUGUAUCAAAAUUUUUAGUAAUAUAAAAGACUCAAGAGAGAUAAAAACAAUUUCUUAUUUGAACUACUAUUUGAUAUAAAGUUGAUGUUAAAUAUUGUUGACAAGUAAAAUUAUUUCUAAUUCAUUACUUUAUAUUGUCAUACAUUCUCUAUUCUUAAGUUCAAAUUUAUAUUUCAAGUACAGUUGAUUAUUUUUAAAAUCCAGGUUUCCUUUCAUGUCUUCGUGAUUAACAUGUUAAUAAGAAGUGCUUGUGUUAAGUUGUAAUAACUAUAUAUUUUAUAAACAAAAAAAUUUGU